CUGCAGGUAUAAAUGCUGAGUGGAUGGCUGGCAGCGUUAAUAGUGAGUCUGCUGAGGCCAGUUUUAGUUGCCGAAAACAUAUUUCCUGUGGAAUAACACCCCCUCUGAAUCAUUUCAAAGUAUUUCCCUCGAAGAACCUGAGAAAGGAAGAGGCUCUGCACGGAGGCAACACGUGUUGGAGCAGUAUGGACAGCAUGAAGCAGAAGCAGCAGAGACCAUCAGUGCUGCGUCAGGUUUCCAUAACAACCUCCAGACAACAACGUGAAAACGGUGCAUCUGAAGCCAUCUCCAUUUGCAAGGAAGAGGCAGAUGCAAGCAGGUCCUCUUCACCACACAUGGGCUCCUCUGCCAGCCAAGGCCAUCACUUGCUGCCCUUGAGGAGAGACGGUCCAAAGCAGAGCUCCAGAGAGGCCAGGCUUCAUGAAGGCAUCCCAGAGAGCGCCAGUGCUCUGUUUGUGAGUGGCCUCUGCCGCUGGCCUGGCUGUGAUGCAGUGUCUGAAGAUUUCCCUAGUUUCUUAAAACAUCUCCAUUCUGAACACAGUCAUGGUGAAAGAAGCAUUGCUCAGUGGAGGAUCCAGCAGGAUAUUGUUCAGUGCUUGGAGAGUCAGCUCAUCCUGGAAAAACAGAAACUCAUUGCGAUGCAACUCCAUCUGCGCCUCUCUGAACACAAAUACACUGAUUUGAAGGCAGCUUCUGAUUGGCCGUACAGCCUUCCUCUGUUCCUGCCUCAGCCUCAGGUAGCGGAGGGAGACAGAGUGCAACAAUGGGGCGUUAAACAUCUGGAGGAGUUGGCCCAGCACGGCUUCAGAGCUGCUGGUUCUUCCCACCUUCUGCCAGAUCUGGUCCCCAGUAUGGAGUGUUACAAAUACAAUAACAUCAGGCCUCCGUACACCUACGCCUACCUGAUCAGAUGGUCUAUCCUGGAGUCUCCAGACAAACAACGCACUCUGAAUGAGAUCUACAACUGGUUCACCACCAUGUUCUUCUACUUCAGACACAACACCGCCACCUGGAAGAAUGCCGUGCGUCACAACCUCAGCCUGCACAAGUGUUUUGUGCGGGUGGAGGGAGGGAAGGGAGCAGUGUGGACGGUGGAUGAAACAGAGUACCAGCGGAGGAAGGGACAGAAGUAUCACAGGGACUGUCCUGUGAAGUGGCUCACAUCCUACUCUCAUUACUGAACCCUGAACACCAGCAGGCGGCAGCACUGAGUCACUCCUCUAACCCAACAUCUGGAGUCGCAUCCACAUGUUCUGCUUUGCUGUAACUGCCGAUGGACUGACGAACGUGUUGAGACGUCUGUGGGAGUAUUUUGUGUUCUGUUAAAAAUGGCUGCACUGUUUGUAACGUGAAGAUAUUUUGUACCUGGCAGAGUUUUUGUGAUCUCUCAGUUUUGAUGCAAAAUAAAUUAAGCAAACAUUUGAGGGUGUUUUGCCUUCAGCCGUAUUUGACCUGUUCAUGACCACGUAAUCUCUGCGUGCACGGAGCACAGAGCAGACCUUCACGUAAUCUGUCAUCGGCUGUUUUCACAACUAUGAUGCUGACUCUCACAAAAACUAUUUGAAAGUGGGUCAACAACCUCUUAAACUCAGUCUUUCCUUUCCCACACACAACAACUUCAAAGGCAGCUGUGUGUUAUCAUCAUACAGCGAUCUGACUUGAUUAAACUGAUAAUGAAACUUAACAGAAACAGUGACACAACAAACCAUCAUUCGAAGGCCUUUAAAGGGUAAAGUUGGUGAUAUUCUAUAUAUAUAUAUAUAUAUAUAUAUAUAUGAAUAUCUGAUUGUCUCGGGGACGGAUCGACACCAACAGUUAGUCAUCGGUUAAAUCAGUCGCCAGGAGCAGAAAUACUCAUAAUGAAUAUUUCAUCUGUCAUCAGGUUUUUCUUUAUUGUCAUCGAAAGUCUAAAAUAAUUUCAUUUCAUUCAUUUUUUUAGACUUAACACUUAAACAUUGAGUUUUUCUAUUAUUAUUUGUUGGAGUCAGAAUCAUAUCUUUGUAGUGUUUAGACGUUAAUGUCACAGAAAUGAAAUUUACACAAAUAAUUGUAAUUAAACACUUAAGUGAAUAAAUACGAUGUUGAAAA